AUGGCUGGUCGUCAUACCUCACCUCUACCACCUGGUACGUGUUCCUCUUGCUGUUGUUUAAAUCCUCCUGUUCAGCUGUCGACAGGUCCAAAGCCGUUACCGUUGGUCGGCAAUCUCUUUCAUCUCCCCGCGCACCGCCAUUGUGAGGAGUUUACAAAAUGGAGACUGCUUUAUGGAGACAUGGUGUACAUGAAUAUUGUCGGCCGGAAAUAUAUCGUCCUGAACUCAGCUGGAGCCGCAAUAGAGCUUUAUGAUAAACGAGGGUCGAUAUAUAACACUAGGCCUCAAACUGUCAUGGCUGCAGAUCUCGUUGGUCGGAGGAAUUCGUUCACUCUCAUUCCUUACGGAGAGCGAUAUCGCACAUACAAGAAGUACAUGCACAACGCGCUUAAUCACCGGGCAAUAGCCGAUUACUGGGACUCCAUUGAUUUGGAGUCGAUAACCUUCUUACAAGCACUUUCGACAACUCCAGAAGUCUUCAGGAGUCAUGUCAGAAGAAACAUUGGGGCUGUGGCUCUGCGGAUUGCAUAUGGAUAUCAGGUAGAAGAUGAGAAUGACCAUUUCGUGGCGCUAGCAGAUGAGCUCGCUCGAAUCACCAGAGAUUCACUAGAGCCAGGUAGAUGGCUGGUAGAUUCGCUGCAUUGGCUCCGCCACAUUCCUUCAUGGAUGCCUGGUGCUCAAUUCAAACAAUGGGCUCAACAGGCUUGUCUGAAAUGCGAAGAAUUUACGGAUGCGCCUUUCGCAAUGGUCAAACGUAAUGUGGCGAAAGGUCAUGCCAUCCCUUCAUUCACGUCGAAAGCAAUGGAGGGGCUUCCAGGGAAAGCCUCUGAUUCCUCGAAUGCGGAAGCUCAGGACAUCAUCAAGCAUGUCGCAGCUAGCAUCUAUGCUGGUGGUACAGACACUACUGCAUCCCUGAUGACUACGUUUUUCUUAGUGAUGGCAUGCUAUCCGGAGAUUCAGAAGAAAGCGCAAGCGGAAAUCGAUGCAGUUAUAGGACCCACUCGCCUCCCUUCUCCGUCUGAUGAAGAAUACUUACCCUACGUGGGAUAUCUCAUCAAAGAGCUCCAUCGUAUCAAUCCGAUUGUGCCGCUUAUUCCUCGUACCACAUUGACUGAUGAUGUGUAUCGUGGAUUUCACAUUCCUAAGAACUCCUACAUAAUCGCAAACGCCUGGGCUAUCACUCGUGAUCCAGAGAUAUAUCCCCAGCCUGAACAUUUUGAUCCAGAACGCACUCAACCUCAGAUGGAUCCACAGGACAUCACCUUCGGCCUUGGCAGACGUCAUUGUCUGGGUGUUCAUUUGGCAAACUGCGUGGCUUUCACAUUCAUAGCGCGUACACUCGCAGUAUUCGACAUCCUGAAGCCUCUGGAUGAGGCUGGCCUAGAGUACAGCCCUCUCUUAGCUUUUACUGCCAAGCACACCUCGUAUGUUGACUGUCCUUGCAUGGAAGGGACACGUAUCUGA